AUGGAGAAUUUCCCUUCGAAUGAUGACCUAGAGAAUGCGAUAAACGAGCUAUCUCAAGGCAGGGAACAAGCCGUACAGCUGCAAAACCGUCUUAACACGCGGCCCGAUUGCGAAGAUUACGACCAUUUUCUUCCGAGAAUACUCCAUUGUUACGAUCGAGCACUCUCCAUGCUCGGAAACCACCGCCCUCCUCCAGUUUCGGCUAGCUCGAACCAAGAGUAUGCCAAGUCGACCGGUAGUAAUGACUCGGAUCAAGGUGAUCCCAACAAGGGUCAACCUUCUUAUGGCAAAAGAACGACCGUGGCAAACUGGUCGGAAAAGAUGAAAGUGUCCCCGGAAAUUGGGAUUGAGGGACAACUCGACGAUGGGUACAGCUGGAGGAAGUACGGCCAGAAAGACAUUCUCGGAUCCAAUUAUCCAAGAAUGUACUACAGAUGUACCCACAGGCCUGGGCUGGGGUGUCCAGCCACAAAACAAGUUCAAAUAUCCGACGACGACCCAACAAUUUUCCACGUCACAUACAGACGGAAGCACACGUGCAACCCAUGUGCAAACCCAACUAAUAUCGACCCACCUGAAGCACGUCCCAAUCCACAAAACGAAGACCCAAGCCCAUCAGCCCAAAACGUACACCACUUACUAAAAGGCCCAUCUUCACCCCAACAAGACCCAUUUAACUACACUUUGCCACCAACGAUUACUGAUAAUUCCGAAAACGACCACAUUUUUUCGGAUUGUGACAACAUUUUGGGAGAUUAUGAUAAUAUUUUGGCCCCUGCAACAUUCGGGUCGGACUUGUUGGCAAUAUCCGGUAAUGGUACAAGCCCAAUAUUUCCAUCCAUGACUUCUACUUCGAGCUCACCUAAUUUCGAGGAGAAUUUUUCGAUCGAUUGUACUGGGUUCAGGUCAGAUAUUGGUUUUGGAAACUCGGGUUACUAUCCAUAA